UCUGUCUGUCUCUCUCUCUCUCUCUGUCUUCUUCAUCCGCACCAAUGACCACAAUCCUCAGCAAUCGAAGAGUCCAAAGCGACUGACGCAUCACAUUGAAGUCUUCGAAGCUGCUGAGCAUCACGGUCAUUGUGAGACAACGUGCAGCGAGACGAUGACACGCAGUCAGUACCCCAGGACAGGAGACACAUCCGAUGGUGACACCAGUGAGGUGAAAGUGAGGCGCUCUCAGCUUCUAAGACACAUGAUUGAUACGUACGUAUAAUUGUCUGUCUACACAGAUGACACAACGAACGCUCAUGCACACCAAAUUUCCACCUCCUCACCGUCCGUCCGUCAGUCAGUCAGUCAGGCAGGCAGGCAGACGGAGAAAGCAGCGCCUUGCGCUGAUGUAUGUCAGUGCCCACCCACUCAAUGCACACGGCACCUACACCAACCAUAUACACACCCUACCACACCCUCCCACAGCCUGCCUGCCUGCCAACCAGCCGGGAGAAAACAAGAAGGGCAAAAUCUCAUGAUCCGCCUCCCCCUCCCCCAGGCGUGCGUCCACGUAUCACCGCCCGACCUUCUCCGUUUCCUUCUCCUUGGUGUCCUCUGCUGGCACGGCGCACUCAUCCUCACACCCUUGGGGGUAGGCCGACUUGUCCCGCAGCUUCGCCGCCCUCUCCUCCAUCACCUUGGCCAGAUCGGGCCUCCCUGUGAGCCGCAGCCUGUUACUCGCCCAGAUGUCAUAUGCGACGUCCACUGCAGGGCCGAUGACUGGAAGCUUAGUGGCCGCAUAGACCCAGCCAAGACCUGCACACACACAAGACAAGGCAGAAGAGGCGACAGCACUAUGUGUGCCUUGUCGGCCUCGUCUGUGUGUGUGUGUGUGUGUGUGUGUGUGCUUGUUGUGCUCACCGAUGGCUUCAUAGACCCUCCUGAAGACCUCCACCCCGCUGAUGACGUCGCCCGACGACGUGACGGCAUGAAUGGACCGCAUGCCCCUCUCGAAGUCCACAUUGCCGUGCUCUUCCUGCUUGUACCCCGGCGACGCCAGGUCAGUGAACUGGAUCUUGCCCUCCGUGUCGCGCUUCUUGCUGCAAAGCAAAUAAAGCACACACACACACAACACAGCACGACAGUCGCGCUCCUCGAGGUCAGUGCGGGUGCGUGUCUGCAUCUGAUCUCUCUCACAGGAAGUCUAUCUCCUUGAGGCACAGCGGACACUCGCCAUCGUAGAGGAGGUCAAUCUGCCAGGUCGGUGGAGAUUGGGCCGCCCGCUGGGACAUCAUCCGAGCGCGAGUGAGCCGUUGGAAGGCAUUGGAUGACGUCAGGCGGCCUCCUGAGGCGGGCAGCUGGAAAGAUCUGCUCACGCGGGCAGCGGCGACGAACAUGAUCACCGUCAGCAACACACUGCUUUGUCCUCUGCACAUCAAUUCAGGCCUGAAAGGGAUAGACUACCGACGGUGCACCCUUCCUUGAGCAUCAAC